AUGGAUAUGGCAAAUGAUAUCAAGGCCCUUCAGGCAAACAUUGCCAUGAUAAGAGCGAUCCUCCCCACUGUUGAUGAUAUCGAUAAGCCAUACUAUGAGCAGCAGCUCCAUGAAAUGUCCGAGAGGCUCCAAAAGCAUCGCGAGCAAGCCCGGGCUUUUCAGUCGGGAUACGCUCCUGCCGUUCCUUCAAAUGACAUACGAAGGCCGCUUUCGCCACCUCGCGCCCUGCCAUCGCAUUCACUCAAACGCAAUCUAGAGCUAGCCGGUGGCCCUGAGGCCAAGCGUAUCAGCAGGCAACCAAGUCCAGAUAUCACAACACCCCCCUUGGAGUCGUGGUCACAAUCAUUACCUCGACGGGAGUCAAAUCAUGUGCAUCGAUCUGAUCAGAUAGCUUUCGUAGAUUUGACCGAGUCUGAUCCACCUACCCCUGUACGAUCCCCCCAGCCGCCCAUGCAGGCGCCCACAUACUCGGAUCCGUUCCCAGAACUACACAAUGCCUAUCGGGGAGCAUUCGGCAAUGGCCAUUUGAUGCCGGCCAAUAAUGCUAGUAGGGAUUACAUGUCCGUACCAGAGCUGGCUGAGUUCAUGAUGACUCCAAACCCCCCAGGUAAUAGCUAUGGGUAUCAGCAGCAGCCGCACGUAUUUCCAGGGGCUCAAACUGCUGGUUACGAUUACUAUGCCAAUCAUGCGUUGCCUCCUUACAUGGAUUCGCUUAGAGUACCUCCGUUCAUGGGAGCUGGCGAUAGCGACGGUGACGAAUAUGGUGGCUUUCCAGGGAGUCAUGUCGCUGAAACAGAGGCUAUAGAGAAGCUCCUUGAGAACUUCAAAGGCGAUGCUGAGAAGACUGAGAAGCGAGAGCCAACGCCCGCCAUCAUGACCUGCACUCUCAAAGAAUACCAGCGAAUUGGUCUGACCUGGCUUCUUAAGAUGGAACGUGGUGACAACAAAGGCAGUAUUCUAGCUGAUGACAUGGGAUUGGGAAAGACGAUACAAGCUCUUUCGCUUAUUUGUGCAAAUCCACCCAGUGAUCCGGCCUGCAAAACAACUCUCAUAAUCGCACCUGUGGCUCUCAUGCGGCAGUGGGAGAAAGAAAUUGAACGGCAUGUUGAUCCUCGUCACAAGCUUAGUGUAUAUCUCUACCAUGGUACUGGCAAGAACGUCGAAUUUUCCCGUCUUCGUCAGUACGAUGUUGUGCUGACAACAUUUGGCUGCCUUACUUCGGAAUACAAGCAAAAAGAGUCCCGGAAAGAGUCGAUGCUGCACGAACAGGAGACACAGGACCCUUCCAUUCGUCGUAAAGCCAAGGAUACGCUUGCAUUGCUCGGACCCGAGUGCAUGUGGUAUCGUAUUAUCAUUGACGAAGCACACAACAUCAAAAAUCGCAACAGCAAAGCCUCAAAGGCGUGUGCGGAUCUCAUGGCCCAUCACCGCUUGUGCAUGACUGGAACACCAAUGAUGAAUAGCAUCGCUGAGUUGUACCCAUUGAUUCGAUUCCUAAAAGUGAAGCCUUAUUGUUCGUGGAACAAGUUCAACACAGACAUUUUUAAAACGGUCAAGAAUCCACGUACAAGGAGUCAAGGGAUGGAUCGUGUUCGAAUUCUGCUGGCGUCUCUCAUGCUGCGAAGGCAGAAGGACGCCAAAGUGGAUGGACAGCCAAUCUCCAGAAUUCCGCCCAAGCACGUCGUUGUCGACAACGUUGAUUUUAGCGACUCAGAACUUGAACUGUACCGUGCUCUGGAAACGAGGACACAGCUUCAAAUGAACCAGUACAUUGACGAUGAUGCGGUUUCAUCUAACUACGCAAACGUCUUGGUCCUCUUACUUCGACUGCGUCAGGCCUGCUGCCAUCCACACCUGAUCAAAGAUCUUAGCCAGCCAGCGACCGAGGGUAUUGACGAGGACGACCUCUUGACCCGAGCAGAGGGAUUGAAUCCAGACGUCGUGGUACGAUUGAAGGAUCACGACUCGUUCGAGUGUCCAAUCUGUCUCGAGGCCGACCCUAAUCCGACUAUUAUCAUUCCGUGCGGACAUACGGUCUGCGGCGAAUGUGUCCAGAAGCUCAUUGAUCCCGCAAUGCGGGCAGCUCAGCAGGAUGGCAACGAUGAGACAAGCAUACCCAAGUGUCCGCAUUGCCGUGGCGAGUUGAGGGCCAAACUGAUCACCGACUACAAGCACUUUUGCAAAGUCCAUUGUCGCGAGCGUCUCGCGUCGGCUGACUUGGACGAUGAGGCUGAGGACGACGAUUCUGACUCUGACGUUUCCGAUUCUGAAGAUGAGGAUGCGCCCGAUGUUAACAAGCAGGGCAAUCUGGCCGGAUUUGUUGUUGAUGAUGACGGGGAAGACGGUGAUGAGACGGGUGGCUCUGCUCCCAAAGCAAAGUCCAAGAAGAAGUCGAAGAAGCGUAGCAAGGGGAAAGGCAAGGGCAAGGCGCGCGCUAAACCAAAGUUAACUUUGGCUCAGCUGAAGAAAGAGUCUAUGCGCAGCAAAGCAGCCAAAAAGCGCUACCUCCGUCGUCUGGACAAGACAUAUGUCCCAUCUGCGAAGAUCAACCGAACCAUCCAACUCCUCCAAGAGAUUCGCAACAACGACCCAACCGAGAAAACACUAGUAUUCUCCCAAUUCACCUCCCUCCUCGACCUUAUCGAAGUCCCCCUAAACCGAGAAAAUAUGCAAUACCAGCGGUACGACGGCACCAUGAAGAUGGACGCCCGUGCCGACGCCGUAAGCGCCUUCAUGGACGACGCGGACCAAAACGUCAUGCUCGUCUCUCUCAAAGCAGGUAAUGCCGGUCUCAAUCUCUGGAAAGCAUCCCAAGUCAUUAUUCUCGACCCCUUCUGGAACCCUUUUAUCGAAGACCAGGCUGUCGACCGCGCCCAUCGCAUGCCGCAGACACGUGAGGUGCAUGUGCAUCGCGUGUUGGUGCCCGAUACGGUGGAGGAUCGUAUUACGCAUUUGCAGGAUAGUAAGCGGGAGAUGAUUGGGGCGGCGCUGGAUGAGCGCGAGUAUAAGAAUCUGACGCGGUUGGAUGUUAGGGAGUUGAGGUAUUUGUUUGGUAUGAAGUAA